CACUUGUCUCCAGAUUCCCCGUCAAAAUGUUCUGGUCCAAUCAAGCGACUCUUCUCCUCAGCAGUGCGCUGCUCGUGGCCGACGUGCUUCCCGUCGGAGCCGUGCGGACCAUCAUCCCCACCACGAGCUUCGACUCCCAAUCCAACUUCGACGCCGACUGGAACUACCUUUACCCCUGGGGCACCGACCACAACGGCGGCGCGCGCAUGAACAAGGACAACGUCAAGUUCGACAGCAGCGUCCUCACCCUCACCGCCAACAAGGUCAGCGGCCAGCCGCAGGCGACGCACGGCGGGCAAAAGAUCAACAUCAACUACCUCAGCGGCGCGGUCCACGCCAAGGAGCACUUCAACGUCUCGCUAGGCGGCGGCUACGACUUCAGCGCUGAGCUGCGGGCGACGACGACCAAAGGCACGUGGCCCGCGUUCUGGCUCACGGCCGUGCAGGGCUGGCCGCCCGAGAUCGACAUGGCGGAGUGGAAGGGCAGCGGCAAGAUCAGCUUCAACACGUUCAACACCAGCUCCGUCGUCGCUGCCAAGGACGUCGAUUACCCGAGUCCCGAUACUUUUCACAAGAUCAAGUGCGAGACGCGGGAUCUCAACGGCAAGGACGUGCAGGCCAAAUUCUACCUGGACGACCAACUCGUGACGACGCAAGUGGGCGCCGGAUACGUUGGAAAGCCCAUGUACCUGAUUAUCAACUUGCAAAUGGAAGGCUCUUCCGGCUUACCCGGCCCUGACGGAAGCACUGAGUUCCAAGUCCGAAACCUAGAGGUAUUGAGUUAUAAUCCUUAACGGAAAGGAUUAGGAGACGGCUUGAGAUUGCGUAACACAUUGGCUAGAACUGGCCUGUAAUUACCUGACUUUAUUUUAUUCACUCCUACUGGCAUAACGCACUUAAAUAUUGCAAGGGGCCUUGCAUUGCAUUUGUAUAAAGGGGGAGGGACUCUAGUUUAGUAGACGGUGUUAACAGUCUUGCAUCUACUUGAACCGCAUGUUCUGUGUCUUAUGCUAAGAGAUGGGCUGCAGACUUUAAAGCUUUGUUGGCAUGCAAGCCUCUGGUAAAUGAAUCAGGCGACAAGUUUUAACAGGCUUUCUGCAUGACAGAGCUGCAAAAGACUGUACACCUCUGUAGAAUAUGUUGUUGAAAUUCUUCUAUCUAGCACUACUAAAACAA